UGAUCGCGGGCAUUAAAUACGCACGCUGGAACUGGCCAGUUCUGCCGGCAAGCGGGCGCUGGGUCAACUCAUUUGGAUUUUCGCACCCGAGCAGCUACAGGAUGAAGGUGCAAGCGAUCACGAUUGGCGCCGUCCUCGCCUCGAUGGCCUCGAUGGCCGACGCGCAGUUUGGCCUCAGCGCCUUCUUUGCGGCCGGCAGCAGCGGCCUGCCCCGCGUGCUCAUCAACACGGCGGCCAACCCACUUACGAUCUCGCCCGAGCCGACGACCAACGCGACGUCGGCGCCGACCAAGAGUACCAACCUCUUUGAACUGCUCAAGAACAAGAACAAGGCGACGCCGGCGCCCGACCACACGGUUGCCAACCUUGACGUGAACGAUGGCUUGGUUGUCAACGAAGACUCGUCGGGCCAGAAGACGUCGAACCGCCGCCUCGACAGCCAGGACCGCGAUUACACGAUGCAGAUGCUCUUCUGCCACGGCACGUCCAACUCGAUCCAGUCGUACCACUCGUACCAGCCUCAGAGCACGACAACCCCCGUGUACAACCCGCUCCUCGCGUCGUCGGCCCAAGGCCAGUGCGGCAAGUACAUUGUCAAGUCGGAGACGCUGGCGACUCAGGUCGGCUGCAACCCGCAGAACAGCCCGAAUGGCUGCGCCAAGUCGUACACGCCGGGCUGCGGUGGUCUCGCAAUCAACCCGAAGACCAAGGACACGGUCGUCGCCCGCACCGGUGGCCGCACGAUUGGCCGCCUCGUCAAGACCACGGACAGCAGCGGCACCUGCCAGAGCCGCGUCGUCGACUGGAUCGUCCGCUACCGCGGCAAGCGCUUCAACGGCCCGAGCGACACGACGUUCACGUCGACGGGCAACCUGUACUUCACGGAUUCGCCGUUUGGUCUGGCCGCAACCCAGAGCGAGCUCCUCUCGGCCAACAUCUCGGUACUGGAUGCCAAGCGUGAGUUGCCCUUCAACGGCGUCUACCUCCGCCCUGCAAACGGCGCCGUCAAGCUCCUCGACUGCGGUCUCUCGCGCCCGAAGAGCAUUGCGUUCUCGCCGCGCGAAGACACGCUCUAUGUGGCGAACGCCGACGUCAACGACCCGUUUGUCAAGUCGUACACGCUCGGCAACGACGGCACGCCCGUGUGCUCGCGCCGCUUCUUUGACCUCACGCCGUACGUCGCCGACGCCAAGGCCGCCGAGUGCGCCCGCACGUACCCGACCGGCCUCAAGGUCGACGAUCAGGGCUAUGUGUACAUGGCCAUGUGCCGCAACAUUUACAUUGCGUCGUCCAACGGCACGUACCUCGGCCGCCUCCAGGGCACGUCCGAGCUGCGCAACCUCGCUUUCAGCAAGGGCUACAUGUACCUCACGUCGAGCUCGAACGUCUACGCGCUCCCGCUCGACCUCUCUCUCCAGAGCUCGCAGGCCGUCGUGUCGUCGCAGGCGACGUGCCCCUCGGACGUCGCCACCACGUCGGCGCAAACCCUCUCGGAAUCGGCCACGUCGGUUCAAAUCACGCCGGCAACGAGCAACGGAACUGGCAUUGGCAUUGGCGCCGGUGUCGGUGUCGGUGCUGUCGUGGCCGUCGCCCUCCUCGUGUACAAGCGCAAGCAGGCGGUGCCGGUCGCAGUGCAGACGACACCCGAGUUCUCGCCCAUCACGACGCCCCGCAACAUCUUUUAAACAGACUCGUCGAUUAAUGGAAAAUGCAUACGUUUAUAUUUAC